AUGGAUCUGACACGUCAGCUGCCCGAGGACGUGCUCGCCGACGUCCUCCGCCGGGUUGCACCGUGCGGCCUCGCCGCGUGCCGCUGCGCUUGCAAGGCCCUGCGUGCCAUCAUCGACGCCCACCGCUUGCUGCGCGCGGACCUUCUGCCGCUCUCUGUUGGCGGCAUAUUCAUCGACUUCCACAGCGAGCUUUUGUCAGAGUUCUUCGCCCGCCCCUCGACGCGCCCGGCGAUCUCCGGCAGGCUCGAUUACUUGCCCCGUCCCAAUGACUACCAUGGGAGUCGGGAUUCCUACACCAUCGAGGAUCACUGCAAUGGCCUCCUCUUGCUCGAUCGCGAUGACACUUACUACGUGGUUAACCCGGCCACGCGGCAGUGGGAUCCUUUACCAACGCGUCCAUCUACGUUCAAGGAGGAAGAUCCAGGCUUCGUAUACCAACAGUACCUUGUGUUUGAUCCUAUGUUGUCGCCCCACUACGAGGUAUUUCUGAUCCCACAUCCUUGCUUCAAAAGUAGGCCCGGAGAAUAUAAUUACAACAUGUCAGGGGAUGAACUAGACCCUAUCAUGGAGGAAUCUGAAUGGCCACCAUCCGUGCGCGCUUUGCAUGUUUUCUCCUCAAGGUCAGGCUGUUGGGAGGAGAGGUCUUUUAUUCGACAGGGAAAGGCUGCUCGCACCAUAGCUGAUAUGCCACGUUAUGAAUGGUACGACAAACAUUAUGGCGUCUACUACGGGGGUGCACUUUACGUGCACUGCAAAACUGAUUCCGAUAUAUUUGUCAAACAAUAG